AAAAGACAGUAAAACAUGCUUUAAAACCAAGAAAUAUCCAAAAAUGGCAUGAUAAUGUAGCUGUAUAUUUGUAAAAUUCUACUCACAGUAGUAGUAGCAGCCAGCAGUCAGAUCCAAAAAUCUUCUCUCUCACUGUCGGUGUCAUUUUUUAAUUUAUUUUCUGGCUUCACUCUUAGUCUUAAACUCAACUUCUCUUCAUUUUUUUCUACUCUGCUCUCUUUCCUCUUUUCUGUCUCCUCUUAUCUUUCUCUCUCUUCUUGGGGAAAGGAAGGAAGGUUGGUUGCAUUGAAGCGCCGACAAUUAUUUACCCUUUCUAUUUUUUUCUUGAUUUCUGGAUCUUAAUCCACUUUUAAGCUUAUUGGGGUUUUUUAAUUAAUGAGGAGAGAUUGAAUUUUUCUGGGUAUUAUUAGAUCUUGGUUGUUCUAAUGGAGGAUUCACAAAGUGGGUUGAAGCCCACAAAAACAAGUGAACAAGUAUGCCAGAUUUGUAGUGAUAAGAUCGGCACAACUGUAGAUGGAGAGCCAUUUGUUGCCUGUGAUGUUUGUGCCUUUCCUGUGUGUCGUGCUUGUUAUGAGUAUGAGCGGAAAGAUGGCAACCAAUCUUGCCCACAAUGCAAGACAAGAUACAAGAGGCAGAAAGGUAGUCCUGCAAUUCAUGGGGAGAAGGUGGAAGAUUCUGAUGUUGAUGAUGUUGUCAGUGACAUCAAUGAGCCUUCAGGAAUUUCAAUACCAAAGGAGAAGCCACAGGAGAGAAUGCUUGGUUGGCAUAUGAACCAGGGACAAUCUGGGGAGCUUGGUCCCCCUAGCUAUGAUAGAGAGGUUCCUAUGAGCCAUAGCCAUAUCCCCCGGCUUGCUAGCGGACGCACGAUUUCUGGAGAUCUGUCAGCUGCAUCACCUGAGCGAUAUUCAAUGCCAUCACCUGGGGCCAGCACUGGAGCUAAUAUUAGAAUGUCUAGGGAAUUUGCGUCUCCUGGAUUUGGAAAUGUAGCUUGGAAGGAAAGGAUUGAUGGUUGGAAGAUGAAGCAAGAGAAGAGUACAGGUCCUCCAAGUGUUAGUCAUGCACCUUCAGAGGGAAGGUUUGCCAAUGAUAUUGAUGCCAGUACUGAAAUUGCUAUGGACGAUCCUUUACUAAAUGAUGAGACACGCCAGCCGUUAUCAAGGAAGGUUCCCAUUCCUUCAUCCAAGAUUAAUCCUUACAGGAUGGUUAUUGUUCUGCGUCUUGUUGUUCUUGGUAUCUUUUUGCACUACCGUCUAACAAAUCCUGUGCGUGAUGCCUAUGCAUUGUGGCUGAUCUCUGUCAUUUGUGAGAUUUGGUUUGCAUUUUCAUGGAUUCUGGAUCAAUUUCCCAAAUGGCUUCCCAUCAAUCGUGAGACAUAUCUUGACAGGCUGGCCCUAAGGUAUGAUCGUGAAGGGGAACCAUCACAGUUAGCAGCUGUUGAUAUAUUUGUCAGUACUGUGGAUCCGUUGAAAGAACCUCCCCUUGUCACAGCCAAUACUGUGCUAUCCAUUCUUGCAGUUGACUAUCCUGUUGACAAAGUUUCUUGCUAUGUGUCUGAUGAUGGAGCUGCUAUGCUGACAUUUGAAGCUCUUUCAGAGACAUCAGAGUUUGCAAAAAAAUGGGUUCCUUUCGUUAAGAAAUAUAACAUUGAGCCACGAGCUCCGGAAUGGUACUUUUCUCAAAAGAUUGACUAUCUAAAAGAUAAGGUUCUACCAUCUUUUGUGAAAGAUCGCAGGGCUAUGAAGAGAGAAUAUGAAGAGUUCAAGAUUCGUGUUAAUGGACUUGUUGCGAAGGCAACAAAGGUUCCAGAGGAAGGAUGGGUCAUGCAAGAUGGGACACCUUGGCCUGGCAACAAUACCAGGGACCAUCCAGGAAUGAUCCAGGUUUUCUUGGGCCAGAGUGGAGGACUUGAUACUGAUGGUAAUGAACUUCCACGUUUGGUUUAUGUCUCUCGUGAAAAACGGCCUGGGUUUCAGCAUCACAAAAAAGCUGGUGCUAUGAAUGCUCUUGUUCGUGUAUCAGCUGUGCUCACAAAUGGGCCAUUCUUAUUGAAUCUUGAUUGUGAUCAUUAUAUCAACAACAGCAAGGCAUUGAGGGAAGCUAUGUGUUUUAUGAUGGAUCCAAACUUAGGGAAAUAUGUUUGUUACGUUCAAUUUCCACAGAGAUUUGAUGGAAUUGAUAGGAAUGAUCGAUAUGCUAAUCGUAACACUGUCUUUUUUGAUAUCAAUUUGAGAGGUUUGGAUGGUAUCCAAGGUCCUGUGUAUGUGGGUACGGGAUGUGUCUUCAACAGAACGGCUCUGUAUGGUUAUGAGCCUCCUCUUAAACCAAAGGGCAAGAAGAAAGGUAUUCUCUCAUCAUGCUUUGGUGGAUCUCGAAAGAAAUCAAGCAAGAAGGACUCCAAGAAGAAAUCAAAGAAUGUUGACCCUACUGUACCAAUAUUUAAUCUUGAAGAUAUUGAGGAAGGAGUUGAAGGAGCUGGAUUUGAUGAUGAGAAGUCACUACUUAUGUCACAAAUGAGCUUGGAGAAAAGGUUUGGUCAAUCAGAAGUAUUUGUGGCUUCUACGCUCAUGGAAAAUGGUGGUGUUCCACAGUCUGCAAACCCUGACACUCUUCUAAAAGAAGCUAUUCAUGUUAUCAGUUGUGGCUAUGAGGACAAGACUGACUGGGGAGCUGAAAUUGGUUGGAUUUAUGGUUCCGUGACAGAAGAUAUUCUGACAGGAUUUAAGAUGCAUGCUAGAGGAUGGCGUUCAAUUUAUUGUAUGCCUAAGCGUGCAGCUUUUAAGGGAUCUGCUCCUAUCAAUCUUUCCGAUCGUCUAAAUCAAGUGCUUAGGUGGGCUUUAGGUUCAGUUGAGAUUCUCUUCAGCCGUCAUUGUCCUUUAUGGUAUGGUUACAAUGGACGGUUGAAAUGGCUUGAGAGAUUUGCUUAUGUCAACACCACAAUUUACCCAAUCACAUCCAUUCCACUUCUUGCAUAUUGUACCUUACCAGCUGUCUGUCUGCUUACUGGGAAGUUCAUUAUCCCUCAGAUUAGUAACUUGGCUAGUGUUUGGUUUUUGUCACUCUUUCUUUCCAUCUUUGCUACUGGUAUACUGGAAAUGAGAUGGAGUGGUGUGGGAAUUGAUGAAUGGUGGAGGAAUGAGCAGUUUUGGGUUAUUGGAGGAGUUUCAGCCCAUCUGUUUGCCGUUUUCCAAGGUAUACUCAAAGUUCUCGCUGGUAUUGAUACCAAUUUUACUGUCACUUCCAAGGCAUCAGAUGAGGACGGGGAUUUCGCUGAACUCUACUUGUUCAAAUGGACAACUUUGCUUAUCCCACCAACCACUCUUCUCAUAAUAAACCUCGUCGCAGUGGUUGCUGGAAUAUCCUAUGCCAUCAACAGUGGCUACCAAUCAUGGGGACCACUUUUUGGCAAGCUUUUCUUCGCAUUUUGGGUGAUUGUCCAUCUUUAUCCUUUCCUCAAGGGUCUCAUGGGUCGCCAGAACAGAACUCCAACAAUUGUUGUUGUCUGGUCGAUUCUACUUGCAUCCAUCUUCUCCUUGUUAUGGGUUAGAGUUGAUCCAUUUACAACCCGGGUGACUGGUCCUGACAUUCAGAUAUGUGGAAUUAAUUGCUAGUAUGGCUCGAUAAGGAGAAAGCUUCACAACUUCCUCGGAUUUAUCCCAUACUUCAUUCCAGCAAUAUUUGAAGGUAUUGGAUCAUAACUUAUCAUCUCUUGGCCUGAAGUUAUCGUCUAUAAUAUGUAUAAACAGUGAGCACAUAUACUAUAGCCAAUUGCAAUUGUUUUAUAUGUCCUACUUUUUUCCUCUUUUUCUCCCUCCUUUUUGUUACCAAGCAGUUAAGUGUAUUAUUUAGAAAGUUAGCUGUCUCUUUCAAGAAUCUCUUGUAUUUGGAUCAGAUUGGCCACUGGAAGCUAGGUCAUUAAGUUAAAAUUUUUUGAUUUGUUUUGUCAUAGUGAAAUUCGAUAAGCAAUUUCUUUGAAGAUCUUUGUAAUACCGGAUGAUUGUACGAAGUUGUUAAUUUGUUAGUCUUUCCACAAAUGGUGGUUGAUACGUAAAUAGUUUUCACCGUA